GAGCAGUCUUUUCCCACAUCUCGCCCGUGGAUGGUGUUGCCCGUUUUCCACCGGUUUUACACUCUUCCGGACUGGUUUCCAGGAGUCGAAACCUAGUUCUGUGCCCAGUCACCGAGACCCGACAAAGCCGACUCAUGUUAGUUUCAGCCACGGCACCUUUACAAUUGCUAGAUAUGAAGACGGAGGGCGGCUGUAUCUGCGCCGGAUGUUGUGAACCUAUUACGGACAAGUACUUGUUACAGGUAUCCGGAAGAUCGUGGCACUCCUCCUGUCUACGGUGCUCCGUCUGCCAACUGGCACUGGACAGAGAGCCGAGUUGUUUCGUCCGAGACCACGCCGUCUACUGCAAAGCCGACUAUGCGAAAAGUUUUGGAGCGAAGUGCAGCAAAUGUUCGAGAGGGAUCUCGUCAAGGGACUGGGUUCGUAAAGCUAGGGACCACGUGUACCACUUGGCCUGUUUCGCCUGCGAGGCCUGCAAGAGACAACUGUCGACGGGUGAAGAAUUCGCCCUGCACGAAGACAGGGUGCUUUGCAAAGCUCACUACAUGGAGACAGUGGACGGCGCCACGACAUCCUCCGACGAGGGAGGCGAUUCUGAGUCAUACCACAACAAGAGCAAAGCGAAGAGAGUGAGGACGACAUUUACCGAAGAACAACUCCAAGUCCUGCAAGCCAACUUCCAGCUCGAUUCGAACCCGGACGGCCAAGAUCUUGAAAGGAUAGCCCAAAUCACCGGUCUUUCGAAAAGAGUGACACAAGUUUGGUUCCAAAAUUCAAGAGCCAGACAGAAAAAACACAUGCACACAGGGAAAAUGAAAGGCUCCCAAUGCCAUCAAAACAACGGACAGAAUCAGUUGGCAAGAGAGCUGGGGGAGUCUUUCGGAAGGCACAGCAUUAACCUGCAUCUAACGUACUCAUUCCAACAGCACACAAAAACUUCCCCAGCGUACCAGCCACAGCACACAAGUGAGUAUCAAGUUUCAGAGCCUUCUUCACUGGACGAAUUGUCUCAAGAAUCAAUGUUAAUGUGUUCUAUGCGAGGCGAGGGCGUAUGAGGACAGGAUGGGGACGAUUUGGAUUCGUCCCACCAAUAAAACCUUUGUGAUGUUGAACUUCGUAAUACAAAAACUAGCUAAUUAAAAUUUGAGUUAUAGAUUUCUAUAACUGAUUUUAAAAUUCAUCGAAUGAAUCGUUGAGUUUCAAUGUUAACAAAACGCUGCAAUAUUUAUCCUUUGUGAAAGUCACGAUGUAAAUACACAAUAUUUAUACAAAAAACAAAUGUAAAUAAUUAUUUAAUAUAAUAACAAAAGCACAGCUAUUAAUACCUUAACUUCUUGGUGGAUAAUUAUUCAUUGAUUUUAUAAUAUUUAACUCAAAAUACAAAAAGGAAGUGUAAAGCGGACGUUAAACAAAACCAUUUCUUAAAAGUAACGAUGGAGUCUGCUGAAUUCUACUGUGUAUUGCUAGUCUUUUUUUUAUAUUGUUUAUGUACAAUUAUUGGUUAAUUUGAUCGUUAAACAGAAAAGUAGAUGAAAGAUAUUUUUGCUCAAUAUCUCUAAACUAGCUGUUAAAGUAGAGUUUAGGUAAGUAAAUAUCAUAAAAGCAAUACAUUGUAAAAAGAAGACAGAAUAGUUAUUCACAGCUUUUAUUGAUGAUGGCUAAAAGGGAAAAAAAUAUCUAGAGUCUUGAUGAAUAGAUCAUUUGUGUAUAUAAUUCAUAUGUGUAAAUUUGUAUAUAUUAUUGUAUAAGGAAUGAAAUGUUAUCCUUUAAAAAAUAGUUGUUUGUGUAAAUCCAGUGUAUA